AUGUGUGAAUUAUUUUCAUCGACUUAUAAAUUAAAUCGAUCAUCGGUAUCGUUAUGUGAUCGAUUGAAACAACGAUAUGGAAAUUGUCAACAAAAUUUACAAGCAUUAUUUCAUGAUGAAAUUCCAAAGAAAAAUACUCGAGAUAUUGAAUUUAUUCGAUAUAUUGUUAAUUAUAUUAUUGAACAAGCUAAACAUAAUAUUGUUAUAUCGGAAUUACCUGAUGUUAUUCGAACCUUACACAAUGAAGUAAAGGAUAUUAUUCAAAAAAAUAAAAUGAUAACAUUAGAAGAAGCGAUUGCUCAUGUACAACAAGUUGGUGCAAUGAAAUAUCCAUAUUUAAAAAAAUUAAAACCAAUAUCUACUGAAGAUUUUGUCAAUGAAGUUAUGCGUGAAGUAUUUAAUCGUCUAGGAACUAUUAUCACUUUAGAUAUGAUUGCAAAUAUUUGUCAAUUUACUACUUGUUCUACUAAACAGUUACUCCAUGCAAUGCCUACGAUUGAUGUUCAUGAGGCAGCUACAUUAAUUAUGGAAGAUAUCUCACGUAAUCAAUAUAAAAUCAAGAAAAAUCAAAAGCAAAUAAAUGUUGUCGACAAUACAGUUCUAUUGAAUCAUACGAUAAAAGACAAGACAAUAUCACUCUCACCUAAACAUGCAUAUGAGAAGUCGAAAAGCGCGUCAUCGUCCCUUAGUAAAGAACAUAUGAAGCCUGAAUGGAAAUCAUCAAAAUUAAUACAAAAUUCAAAUCAAUCCCAUAGUAAAACAAAAUUAACAGAGCAUCGAAAUUUAUCAUUAACAAAGAAAAAAAGUAAAUCUUCAAACAGUUCAUCGACAUCUUACCAAUCAUCUAAAAAAAGCAAUAAAAAUCAACAAAAUUGGUCCAGUAAUCAAAUUAAUUAUAAAAUUUCUAGUGACUCAACUAAAAAUCAUCUUUUAAAAUUCAAAAAAUCCAAGAGCCAUUUUGCUGAAAUGUUUCUGAAAAAUCCAUUUGUAACAGUGCGACAAAAUAAAUCAAUGAAAAAACCAAAGUCAACAAAUGUUUCAUCAUCGAGUCUUGUAUCAUUUGAUACUUAUUCAACAGAAAUAUGUCCGCUAGCUGAAAUUGAACAAAAAUUUAACCCAAUACUUGAAUCACAAAGAUUAAUCAAAAAACCAGAGCAGAAUAAAAGAAAAUCAAUUAUGACAAGUAUAGUACAAGAGCAAGUAAAGAAUCAAAAUCAAGAAAUUAUUGAUCCAUUAACAGUAGGCAUAUAA